GGUGCUUCAGGAGGGAGGAACAAAAGCGAGGAGGAGGGAUGCAGCGACGUCCCCCAAACACCUACUUCCAUUCAGAUGGAGUAUAAGAAAAUUUCAGAAGAGGUAUCUAAGAAAAUACUGGCAUACAUCAAGGAUACAUCAGGAUGGACAGAGAUUAAAAAAGGAAAACAUAUUACAGUGUCAGUAAGACCUUCAACAGACUACCCAGGAAAUAUAUAUCGCGUGGAAGCCACCAUGGAACAGCCGGCUGAAAAAGUCUUUCCGUUUAUGUACCUUCCUGAGUAUCGAACCAAGUGGGACAAGUCAUUGCAGUCGUACAAGAUUGUAGAAACGAUUGACCAGGACACAUACAUUUAUCACAGUGUUACCCACAGUUUUGGCUUGGGGCUGGUUCCACCAAGGGAUUUUGUCUACCUUGUGCAUAUUAAAAAAUACAACGGUCUGCUCACUACCAACUCUACCAGCGUGGACCAUUACAAAUGCCCCCCGUGUCGUUCUUAUGUUCGUGGUCAAACUUUUCCUUCCAGCUAUGCAUGUUACCCCUUACCAGAAAAUCCAAAUCACUGCAGGAUGAUCGCGAUUAUCCAAGCGGAUUUAGGAGGCAUGCUUCUUCCUUCAGUAAUACAGUCAGUGAUGCCAACUAGCCUCAUGAACUUGAUCACGGAUUGCAGAGCAGGAAUAAAGGCCUUGAAAUAAUGAGAAAAGCCUA